AUGAGUGGUCUGUCAUUGCAAUAUCCAACAAACGGGAUCGAAAAUGGAUCCUUAUCGACAUCUUUUCAUUCUAACAAUACAUUCAAUUUAAAUUGUACAUCGAUUGAUUGUCUUGAUCGUGCUCCUCGAGUUAUUAAUUCACCUUGGUUCAUUGGUCUUAUUAUUGCAAUAGUUGUACUUAUUAUAGUCUUUGCUAUUGUUUGCGGUAUUAUGAAACGUAAAGGUGGCAAAUAUUCAGCUGGUGUAGAUGGCAAAUCGACCCUCUAUAAUUCUGUCUACAGAAUUCAAGAUAAAGAAAUGUUACAUGGUCCGAGUGGAUAUGGAGAUAAUGAUGGAAAGUUUUCUGAAUAUUAUCGAGCACCUAGUGAUGUAUCAAUAAAACAAAGUCAUAUAUCAUUACAUAAUGGUGAUGAUCGUGAUUCAAUGGCAGAAUUUAAUGAUGAAAAAGAUCGAAGUCGUUUUACAGAAGAUGGAUCUUUUAUUGGACAAUAUGGACGUGAUGAUAAACGACAUACGAAUUUAGUUAAAUACGAUGAAAAUGAUGGUUUUCCUAAUGAAUAUCAGAAUGAUGAUCAAGGAAAAUAUUUAUCUCAUUUAUAG